UUUCAUUUCUUGUAAAAAAUUUUGCUAAAAAAAAAAUUUUAAAUUUUAAUAUUUCCGUAGUAUAAAAAAAUAAAAUUUUAUAAAAAUGAAAUUCGCUGAGCAUUUAUCUGCUCAUAUAACACCAGAAUGGAGAAAACAAUAUAUUAAUUAUGAGGAAAUGAAAGCAAUGCUUUAUGCAUCUGUUGAACAAUCACCAUCAGCUGAAUUAGUUGAUCCAGAAGUUGUUACAAGAUAUUUUGCAAAAUUUGAUGAAAAAUUUUUUCAUUAUUGUGACAAAGAAUUAGCUAAAAUAAAUACAUUUUAUUCUGAAAAGAUGGCAGAAGCAACACGUAAAUAUGGUAAUUUACGUAGUGAAUUAACAGAAACAUUAGAAGAUGGUAUUGUUGAUAAAAAGCGUGCAUGGCGUGCAAAAGCACCAUUAAUUAAAAAAAAUCUUCCAGCGAGAAAAUUACAAGAUUUAAAAUUAGCAUUUAGUGAAUUUUAUUUAGGUUUAAUAUUAUUACAAAAUUAUCAAAAUUUAAAUUUUACUGGUUUUCGUAAAAUACUUAAAAAACAUGAUAAAUUAUUAAGUGUUGAUACUGGUAGUAAAUGGCAUAAAGAUCAAGUUGAAGCAGCACAUUUUUAUACAAAUAAAGAUAUUGAUAGAUUAAUACAAGAAACAGAAGCAGUAUUUACACAAGAUAUUGAAGGUGGUGAUAGACAAAAAGCAAUGAAAAGAUUAAGAGUACCACCAUUAGGUGAACAACAAAGUCCAUGGACAACAUUUAAAGUUGGUUUAUUUUCGGGUGCUUUUGUUGUACUUAUGUUAGCUGUAAUAUUAUCAUCAUUAUUUCAUAAUAUCGGUACAGAUAUUAUUGUAUCAUUACGUUUAUUUCGUGGUCCAUUACUUAUUAUUGAAUUUUUAUUUUUAUGGGGUGUUAAUGUAUAUGGUUGGCGUUCAUCUGGUGUUAAUCAUGUAUUAAUAUUUGAAUUGGAUCCAAGAAAUCAUUUAUCUGAACAAAAUAUUAUGGAAUUAGCAGCAAUAUUUGGUGUUAUAUGGACAAUAUGUGUAUUAUGUUUUAUAUAUCAUGUUGAUUUAGGUAUACCACAAUUUUCUGCACCAUUAUUUUUAUAUACUGCAAUGGCAGUAUUUUUAUUAAAUCCAACAAAAACAUUUCGUCAUGAGGCUAGAUAUUGGACAGUAAGAGUUUUAGGGCGUAUAUUGUUAGCACCAUUCUUUUAUGUUACAUUCGCUGAUUUCUGGGUUGCUGAUCAAUUAAAUAGUAUUGUACCAGCUUUUAUGGAUUUACAUCAUUUUAUAUGUUUUUUUAGUAAAAAUCCAACAUGGGGUGAACCAAUUGAUACAGAAACAUGUAUUCGUCAAAGUAAUUUUACCAGGCCAUUAGUAGCAAUGUUACCAGCUUGGUUUCGUUUCGCACAAUGUUUAAGACGUUAUCGUGAUACAAAAGAAGCAUUUCCUCAUUUAGUAAAUGCUGCAAAAUAUGCAUCAUCAUUUUUUGUUGUGAUAUUCUCAUUUCUUUUCAACAUGACAUCAGUACCAGCAAAUAGUACACCAUCAUCAUUAUCAUCAUCAUCAAUAUCAGUUUACGCAAAUUUUUGGGAUAAUCCAUGGUUUUAUUGUUGGAUAAUAGCAUCAAUAAUAUCAUCUUGUUAUGCAUAUACAUGGGAUAUUAAAAUGGAUUGGGGUUUAUUUGAUUCAAAAGCUGGAGAUAAUAAAUUUUUAAGAGAGGAAAUUGUCUAUUCAUCAACGUGGUUUUAUUAUAUUUCAAUUGUUGAAGAUUUUAUAUUACGUUUUGGUUGGACAUUAUCAAUGAGUUUAAUAUUAGGCGGAUAUAUUGGUGGUGAUGUUAUGGUAACAAUUUUAAGUCCUUUAGAAGUAUUUCGAAGAUUUAUAUGGAAUUUCUUUCGAUUGGAAAAUGAACAUUUAAAUAAUUGUGGUAAAUUUAGAGCUGUCAGAGAUAUAUCAGUUGCACCAAUGGAUAGUUCAGAUCAGGUCACUAUACUUAGAAUGAUGGACGAAGAAAAUGGUGUACAGAAUCGUCGAAAUAAUAAAGUUAAAAAUUUAACAAAUAAAUUAAGGCACAGACAUGAACCGAGACUUUUACUUGAAGGUGAAUCUGUUGAAGAUAUUGACACAUAAUACAAUUAUUACUGUACAUAUAUUGUUCUUUGUUUAUAUAUAUGCGAAGGAGUGUGCAUACAUACUAGAUCCAACUGUACUUACUAUAUAUCCUGAUCCCAUAAAGAAAGAAGAAUAAUAUUAUAUUAAAAAAUGAAAAAUGGAAAAAAAAAAAA